UAGUCAUCAUCCAAAGUGGAGAUAUUAGACAAAGGAAGAAGAAAAGUGUAAGAGUGAGAACAUGGACACUGUGGAAGUAAACAAAUUUGAGGCAUUGCCACUUCUGUCAUUGAAUCAUGUCUCACUCUUGUGUAGAUCGGUUUGGGAUUCGAUGCGGUUCUAUGAAGAAGUAUUGGGCUUUGUUCCCAUCAAACGCCCUUCUUCUUUCAAGUUCAAUGGAGCUUGGUUGUAUAAUUACGGCAUUGGGAUACACUUAAUUGAGAAUCCAUCCAUCGAUGAUUUUGAAGAUAUCGUUGAACCACGACCGAUUAAUCCUAAGGAUAAUCACAUAUCAUUCCAGUGUACAGAUGUUGGCCUUGUCUUAAGGAGGCUGGAAGAUAUGGGAAUGAAGUAUGUCACAGCUUUGGUCGAAGACGAAGGGAACAAGGUUGAACAGGUGUUCUUCCACGAUCCAGAUGGUUACAUGGUUGAGCUCUGCAACUGCGAGAACAUUCCAAUCAUUCCCCUUUCUUCAUGCUCAUUCAAGCCAAGGCUAAGCAGUUUCAUAAAGUCUGCACCGACUAAGUGCGGAUUCAUGGAAAACGCGAUGAUGGAGAGCUUGAGCAUGGAAAUGCUCAACAUGUCGUUUUGAAAUUGCACCAGAGGAAUGAUAAUUGUGAACAACUUUCACGUUCUUUUCUCUGCUAUCCUAUGCUGCAACUGUUUUCACAGGUCUUACAAUAGUUUGCCGUCUUGUUUUGAACGAAGAAAUUGUGUAUUUGUUAAUAGUUAAUAAGUUUGUGGGUUUGAGUGUUGUAAUCCCUGUGCAAUAAAUCUAUACCCUGUAAGCCUAAAUGAGGCUUUUGAUUGUAUUAAAAUUGAAAGAAAAAAACUAUGGCCUAUGAUAUCAAAAAGGAUGAAAAAAUGGUCAUAUUGUGCCUUGGCCUGGCAAUGCCAGUUGCCAAUAUUAUUUGUGAAAUGUCAACUAUGCAGCAGCUAAUGCUGCUUUGUUUGUUUU